UGUUCGGGACACUUCACUUCUCCAGCGAGUUCCUCGGGGAUUUCUUUCCGCCUUUUACUGUCUGAAAAAGACGGAAUACAUGAUUUGAAGAGGGGGACAUCUUGGACUUGUUCUGCACCGAGUAGUCGACCGUGUUCCUGUUUUCUUUUCGUCUUUGUGAAGGAUGGCGCUGGACGGGAUCCGGAUGCCCGAUGGCUGCUACGCCGACGGGACGUGGGAACUGAAGAUGCACGUCACUGACCUCAAAAGGGACGUGUCGCUGAGGGUAACUGGGGAGAUCCACAUCGGCGGAGUCAUGCUCAAACUCGUGGAGAAACUAGAUGUGAAGAAGGAUUGGUCCGACCAUGCUUUGUGGUGGGAGAAGAAGAAGACGUGGCUGCUGAAGACCCACUGGACGUUGGACAAGUACGGCAUCCAAGCCGACGCCAGGCUGCUCUUCACGCCGCAGCACAAGCUGCUGCGCCUCCAGCUGCCCAACAUGAAGCACAUGAAGGUCAAGGUCAACUUCUCGGACCGCGUCUUCAAGGCCGUGUCCGACAUCUGCAAAACGUUCAAUAUCCGCCACCCAGAGGAGCUGUCUCUCCUGCGUAAGCCCCGUGAUCCCAAGAAGAAGAAGAAAAAGUUGGAGGAGGCAGAGGAGGACGAUCUGGAGCUGGACGGUCCGCUGCUGACCCCUGGAUCAGCCUCUGAGGUAAUAUACAUCGGACCUGUCAAAGGGAGCAUCUACUCCAGCCCAGGCUUGUACAGUAAGACGAUGACCCCCACCUAUGACUCCAGAGACGGUAGCCCCCUGUCGCCCACCACUGCCUGGUUUGGGGACAGCCCCCUCUCCGAGGGCAACCCCAGCAUCCUCGCUGUCAGCCAGCCAAUCUCCUCUCCAGACAUCCUGGUCAAACUCUACAAGCCCCAAUCCCUGUUGGACAAAGCCAAAAUCAACCAGGGGUGGUUGGACUCCUCCAGGUCUCUGAUGGAGCAGGAUGUAAAGGAGAAUGAAGUGCUGCUGCUGAGGUUUAAAUACCACAGUUUCUUUGACCUCAACCCUAAGUAUGAUGCAAUCCGAGUGAACCAGCUCUAUGAACAGUCCAAGUGGGCCAUCCUGCUGGAGGAAAUUGAGUGCACAGAGGAGGAAAUGAUGAUGUUUGCUGCCCUGCAGUACCACAUCAACAAGCUGUCCAUCAUGUCUUCAGACCACCACAUGAAUCACAGUGAGAAGGAGGUGGACGAGGUGGAUGCAGCCCUGUCAGACCUGGAGAUUACUUUGGAAGGAGGGAAGACGUCCAACACGCUGGGUGACAUCACAUCUAUUCCUGAGCUAGCGGACUAUGUCAAAGUCUUUAAACCCAAGAAACUGACACUGAAGGGCUAUAAGCAGUACUGGUGCACAUUCAAGGAUAUCACGGUUUCCUGUUACAAGAGUAAAGAGGAGGCGCACGGGACACCCGCUCUCCAGAUAAACCUGAGAGGUUGUGAGGUGACUCCAGAUGUGAACAUCUCGGGUCAGAAGUUCAACAUCAAGCUGCUCAUCCCGGUGGCCGACGGCAUGAAUGAGAUCUGGCUCCGGUGCGACGUGGAGAAACAGUACGCCCACUGGAUGGCCGCGUGUCGCCUGGCCUCCAAAGGGAAGACCAUGGCCGACAGCUCCUACAACCUGGAGGUCCAGAACAUUCUGUCCUUCCUCAAGAUGCAACACAUGAACCCCGACCCUCAGUUCAUUGAGCCCAUCACCGCCGACAUCAACCCGGAGUGCCUGGUGUCCCCGCGCUACCUGAAGAAGUACAAGAACAAGCAGCCAGGCUCUAUCAGGGACUUGAUCUCGGCCCGGAUCCUCGAAGCCCACCAGAACGUGGCCCAGAUGAGUCUCAUCGAGGCCAAGGUGCGCUUCAUCCAGGCGUGGCAGUCCUUGCCUGAGUUUGGAAUGACUCAUUUCCUCGCCAAGUUUCAGGGUGGAAAACGGGAAGAGCUGAUCGGCAUCACUUAUAACCGGAUGAUCCGGAUGGAGGCGAGCACAGGAGACGCCAUCAAGACCUGGCGCUUCAGCAACAUGAAGCAGUGGAACGUCAACUGGGAGAUCAAGAUGGUGACGGUGGAAUUUGCAGACGAGCCCAGUCUGUCGUUCAUCUGUGCCGAGGUGGACUGCAAGGUGGUCCACGAGUUCAUCGGCGGCUACAUCUUCCUGUCCACGCGCGCCAAGGACCAGAACGAGUCUCUGGACGAGGAGAUGUUCUAUAAGCUGACCAGCGGCUGGGUCUGAGCCGCCAGGAGGAGGCGGCUGGGGGUCAGACCGCCGCGACUGGGCUUUAUUUUAUUCUAUUUCUCUGUCUCUUUAAUUGUUUAGAGCUGUGCCGAAGAGUCCAGAGCUAUCUUUAUAUAAAUAUAUAUAUGUAUAUAUGUGUAUAUAUAUAUAUAUUUAUAUAUUUUUUGCAUUAACACAGACAAUGUCUUUUGUUACUAAACUAAUAGUUGAAUGGCGUGAAGCCCUUUUGGAGCAGAAGCCGAACACAAACCUGAACCAGGAAGUCGUUCCUCUGUUCUCCUCCCGCCUCCUCUCCUACUGGACGGAUGACCAUCAACUAACGUCCAUGACAACCGUUUAAAAACCAAUCAAACACCAGAUUUAAUCCCAAAGAGUGCCCCGCCCCCUUUGCUCUCCUCUAGAACUGGACUAGAGGAGCAGAGGUCAAACUGUCAUUGAAACAUCACGGUGCCACUGAUACUGCCAGUUAUAUUGAAUUAUUUAUCCUAGAAGACGGACUUUGCCAAGGAGUGCGAUCACAACGCUAUCUUUGAACCGCAGCACCUCUUUCCUCUCUACUCCAUGGAGGGUUCCAUCUCUGAAGUCACGUGUAAGCACUUCUCCAGGAGACAGUCCUGUUCCUGAAUAAGCUGUCGUUGUGUCCUUUUGCUUUUGAUGUCCGUUGUCUUUGUCUCGGAGCGAUCGCCUCCUCUGUGUCGAGUCUCCCUCGUGACUCCUCCUCUUCGUCGUAUGAGCUGACCGGUGUGACAGUGAGUCUGACUCGUGUGUUGUAUUUAAUCGUCUGCGUAUAGUGAGCAUGUCUGGAGCAACACGGCACUGGGAUGAGUGGCAUGCGGGUUUGAAACCAUCAAAUGUCAUCUCGUUAUGUCAUUAGCUCUCGUGGUCAGCGUCGCUCUUGUUUCUUAAAAACAAGGUUUUUAAGAAUAUUUGAAGACUCAACAUGAAGCUAUAUGACUUUUCAAGAUGUCAAUUAUUUCAUCUUCUGAGCCGGCCUUCAAAAAGAAUGUGCCAAAACAUGUUAACAUCUUCAAAACAUGUUAACCUCUUCAAAACAUGUCUGUUUAUAGCUGUUCUGACCACAGCUAUAAGUUAAAAAAGAAAAGCAUGUCAACAAUCGCCUCCAAAGAUUAAAACCCGCUGACUUCUCAUCGCCACGUGCACUGUGCAUGUACACGGUGCAUGGACACGGUGCAUGUACUCUGUGCAUGGACACUGUGCAUGGACACGGUGCAUGGACAUGUACUCCGUGCAAUAGGAAGGAUCUUUGCUCCCUUGUACCAUCUUUUAACGUUAUUGCCAUUCGGUCUCUCACACCAUAUAGUAUUAUUAUAAUUUUUAUUAUUACACACCACCAAAAGGUCAGAGUUUGAAGAAUGAAUAUGCAAUGUUUUAGUUUCUUUUGUCACUCCUCAGUAUGAAGGAUCAGUAAAUGAAGUAUUAUUUUUUGUAACUAAUGUAAAAACACAAACGUUUUAUAGAAUUGUACAGUUGUUUUCUGUUUUGUGAGGAGUUGGAGGUUUUUCCUUUCAGAAAAGAGGGGAGAAGCCAUCUGUUAACAAGUGUAUUAUUCCGAGUUGUGCCUGCUUCUGUUGUCUUUACUGAGUUCAGAUGAAGAGAAAUAUGAAUAUAUAUAUGAAGAUAACACUAGUCUCAAACUCCAGGUUUGAAUAAGAUAUUUGUCGAGUACAUAUUAUAAUUGUUUUUUAAAGAUACAAAUACCUAUAUCUUUUCAAUGUGCUCUUUGUUCUUGCAUUUCCACUUUAUUUUAUUGGUUUCCUGAUUUCUCUUCUGUCCAUUUGUUUUUAGCUCGUUCUUCAGACUGACCGUAAUACUUCAUUUUUGCUGCAAAUUUGAUUUGCUCUGCGCCUUUUUAAUAUACUUCACUUAUUUGUCUGGUUGUGUCACAACUGAAGUGUGCCAUUUAAUAAUGUCCAUAUGAAGGAGACCCACAUCGUGAAGACCCUGGAGUUUGAGACGAAUCAGCAGAAGUGAACAGAGAACCGAGCCUCGUCCGUUUUUAUUUUCUCCGAUGUCGUUUCUGUUUGCCUCCAGUGUCGGAGCAGCGGUGCAUGUCCUGCUGCUCUGUUUUCUGACUGUAAAAAAUGCAUUUAUUUUAAAAAAUAAAGUAAUUUUUAUUUAAAAACUGA